GGGGACGUGGGGGGCGGGGUGCGGGAUGUGACAGCCGUACCGGUCUGUGACGCAGCGCUGAGCGGCUUGACAGACGACGAGAUCAAGGACUGUUUGAACGCCGAGGCGGCUGUGAGUGUCAGAAAGGGCUCGACCAAGGGUGGGUACAGCAGAUGCGAGGAGGCGAAGAAGAAGGGGACCGUUCAGGAGAGCUUCCACGAGACGUAUCAGGAGCGCCACGUGGCGGUGGAGGGAGGACACAGCACAACCGACGUCCUCUUCUCCGGGAAGGACGCCAAAGUCUUCUCAGCAUGGGAGGAGAGCCUCAAAGCCAGCCCUGGCCUGGUGUCCUAUUCCCUGCAGCCCAUCCACAGCCUGGUGGAGCAGGACGACCCCAAGCGGGAAGAGCUGAGUCGGGCGGUGAGUGAGUACAUCACUAAAAGGGCCCUAUGGAGGAAUUGCACCCAGAGCUGUCCCCCAGGGACCGAGCGCAGCGCCCACGACCCCUGCUCCUGUGUCUGCCCUGGGGAUGUGGUGACCAACACCAUGUGCUGCUCGCGGGAACGUGGCCUAGGGAAGCUGAUCGUGACUGUGCAGAAAGCCAGUGGCCUCUGGGGGGACUACAGUUCUGCUACGGAUGCUUUUGUCAAGGUCUUCUUUGAGGGCAAGGAGGUCCGGACCAACACCAUCUGGAACAACGACAAUCCCACCUGGAACGUCCACUUGGACUUCGGCACCGUCCGCCUCAACAGCGCCAGCAAGAUCCGCGUCGAGGUCUGGGACGAGGACAACAAGUACGAUGAUGACAAGCUGGGAAACUGCGACAUCCCGCUGGAGUCUGGGGGGCCCCACCAGAAGGAUUGCUACAUGAACCACGGCCGCGUCUGGUUCCAGUACAGCCUGCGCUGUGGGCCCCACCUCGGGGGUCAGGGCUGCUCUGACUAUGUCUCCCAGCCCCCCCGGCAGAGCACAGCCCAGGGGAAGGAGGCAAAGGCCUUUUGGUGAGCCCCUUAGCUAGGGGAUCGGAGAGGGGGCUGGGUGUGCACUGGUCAAUUGCGCAUCUUGUCCGACCAUUUCCUGGCUCCCGCUCUGCUGAUCCUGCUCUUCAUGCUGUCGCUCCUGCUUGGGAUUCGGCGUGUCCUGUGCCUGUAAGAGACUGUCUGCUCCCGUGAGCCCCUCAUCCUCACAGCUCCCUCUGGGGAAACAGCCCAUCGCAAUCCGCCCAUUCCGCAUCCAUCCAACUACUGCGUCCAGUGAUCUACUGUGUUCAUCUAACCAAUAAGCCCAAGUAUUUGCCUCCAGAAUUCAACCUAUCCUCACCCUCCUCUAAUCUACAGCCUGUCAAUCACACAAUGGGUGCAUUUAGUUUACCCAAGGUAUGCAACCAAGAAACCACCAACUGAAUUUAGUGCUUCCAAUCUUCCCGUCCAAGCUACCGAUCAAAGAACGAAUUUGGUGCGUCCAUCAUAUCCACCAACCAGUGCCUGUAUCUAGUGCAUCCAAUGCAUACAACAAACCAACCAAUGAAUCUAUCCAGUGCAACCAAACCUGAAACGAAGGUAUCUACAGCAUCCCAUUUAAAAGGCCAGCUAGCCAGCCAACCAAUGAAUGUGUUUGGUGCAUACAAAAUAUCUAGCCAGGCAAUCAACCAAAAUGUUGAGUGGCUCCAAUGUAACCAGCCAACCAUGAGGUUUAUUUAGCCUAUCCAGCCUACCUGCCUACCAAUGUCUCCAAGGCAUCUGUCCAGCCAACUAACCAGACUAACCAGUCUGUGUAUCCCAUGCAUCUAUUCUCAACCUGUUUAGCAUCGUUGGCUGUAUAUGGAGCUCUCUGUCUAUUAUGUGAUCCACAUCCACACUAUAUCUAUACUGACUGUGUGGCCACCAAGAUGUCACUUGAGAUUGUGGUGAGUGGGCCGCGAGAGGGCUAUGGGUUGAUAAUCACUGAUGUAGUGCACCCAGUGUCACUAACCAGUCACACAACUAAGAUCUUAGGUACAUCCAGCCAACAAACCCACCAACCAACCAACCAAUUGAAACAGCCAACCAAUGAAUGUCCUAACUACCUACAACCAACCCAUCAACCAAUAUGUACAGGCUGCACAACCAAUCCGGCAUCCCAAGUAUCCAUCUGCCCAAUGAACUCAUCUAUCUGGUGUGUCUCCUUGAAAGCGAUGGCCUCUCCAGGAAAGGAAAAGGAACAAAGCUCAGUUCUGUCAUAGGCUCUACUAAUUAACCCCCUGUAAAAAUCUGAGGCUGCUCCAGGGAUGGGCGUGGUUCUAAACACCUAGCAAAUGGGCUGAGUUCCUGGAAGGAGGAUUCCUUAGGGAGCUGGUGUGCAACUGUUGAAUCUCUUGUUUUCCACAUUUAACCAGCUACUUUGGGGUUCGUUAUGGCAUCAUGAGUGCACAGGCCUCGCCAAACCUCCAGCUGGAUGCUCUCUGCACCCAUGGUAAACAAGGAGGAUGACAUAUGACUAGCCAUCAAUAGGAUUCAGAGUGAACACACAGGAGAACAUUCCAGAGGGUAUUGGUUCAGACUGUCAGCAGGCUCAGGGAGAUGGCAUUGCAUUGGGGUCCGCACUGGCAAGGGCAAAUUCCCCCUAAUUUGGUGAUUAAAGCCUUUUCCUCAUUCAUCCUCACCUGCAUCCACUGAGAGCCUAGAUCAAUAGCUCUGUGAUGCCCCUCACUGAGGAAGGGGGGUUGUUCACUCUGAACCCUAGUGUUGGCAAGUGAAAUAACUCCAGCCUGGAAAAAUGCUAUGCAGCUUUGCAGCUCGACUGCAAAACGAUUUCCUUCUGGGAGGAUUCCAGGUUUCUGAGCUUUGGAAAUAUAUCUCCCUGCUUUAAUAAAUAUUUG